GAUGGGAUGAAGUCGCGGUAUCGUCGCCUCGCUUGCCUUAUCGCGCGACGCAGCACUCGCGAUUAACGCGUGCCGCACGUCAUCGUCAUCGUCACCGCCGCUGCCGUCGCCGCCGCCGCCGCUGUCUCUGUCAUCGUCGCCGACGGCCGCAUCGCGAACGCGUCUCGCGCCAGCGAGACCAUUCGCAGGGGAUACCCGGGGUGUCGGACGCUCUCCCCGAGGGUGGGCGGUGUCAGGUUAGGUUCCAAGGAGUAACGAAUAAAGCCGCCGAGCUGGCGAGCCUAACGAGCUGCGUGUCGACGAUGAUGGACGACGAGGAGCAGGAGGAGCUCCGUUGCACCGGAAGCGACGUCGAGAUCGAGGAGUAUACCGACACCGAGGAGUCGCCAUAUGUCGCUUAUCAGGCCGGCGGCGAUAAGCUGUUCGAUACGGAUCGAGAGAGUUGGCAGAAGCUUCGUUUCCUGGUCACUCUGCUAUCCGUUGCGGUAUCAGUUACCGUCCUCGUUAUCAGCUAUCCGCUUUAUCUCGAGAGCGUCGCCGCUGUCUCCAGCGCUUACACAGGACUCCUUUUCACUGCCCUGUGCUCCGCCUGCGUACUGGGGUUGGUGUACGUCGCCGUGGACAGGGUGUCACCGCCGCCGCCGUUAAUACCGAACAGCAUGCGGAUCAAGAUACCCCGCUGCGGCCUGAUCAAAAUAAGCACUCUGUACGCCCUCUCGGGAAUCCUGAUCACCCUGUCCCUCGAUCGGAGUAGGGUGCUGUGCCAUUUGCAGGACCCGAUAAAGGGCAUCACCCUCGUCUUCUCCCUCGUCUACUACUUCUUCUUUUGUCGGAAAAUGAUGAGCCUGCAGCGAAUAUUCUCGAGCACGACCAUAAUAGUGGGCUUGUUCAUAAGCGUGGAUUAUGGUCUCUGCGACGAGUUCCGUUGUCGGGGAAGGGAGGUUUCUUCGCACACGGCCGCCAUGAGGGGGACCUGGGGCGUCCGGGCGGUUUGGACGUUCGUUUACGUGGGCGCUCUUGCCGCCUUCGCCAUGUUCUUCACCAUGCUCGAACGCCAUUACACCACCGGGCAACAGAAUGUGUGCCAAAUGUUGACGACGCAGCACAGCUCUUUUCUAUACACGGUGUCCCGUCUGGUGUCCUCACGCGAUAUUCGUCGUCGUGGCUCCGAGGAGGAGGGCGGCCGACUGCUGCACGUGACCGAUCCGGAUCCCACGAUAAAGCCGAAAAGCUACCCCAAGCCGCCGGUGAUGCAAACCCUUUUUUACAUACACGUCAUUGCUUUCUUCGCCAUUCUGACGCUCUGCUGGCUCGACACUUUGCCCGGCGUCGGCAGGGGUCUGUCGCCCGUAGAACUUUAUCGUACCGUCGAACGCGGACUGAUAUGCCACUUUAAAGGCGGCAAUUUGUGCGCAAACGUUUCCCGCCACGGGUGGAUCUUUCUGUUCGCGUACGUCGCCUUCGCGAUCUCGAUCCUCAACUUCCUGUCGUUGUGCGAAAGCGCGGUGUUCAGCGUGGCCACCGUGACCGUCUCGCUCCCGCUGUCCGGUAUCUGGUGGAGCCUUUACAGGAUGGACGUCGGUUUACACGGGGGUUCCAUUUCCUGGUCACCGGGAGUGACGGGCGAGCUGAUCUGCGCCUUGCUCGGCCUUCCGGUCGUGCUGCUCGGCCUGGGCCUGCUCGUCAGAUCGCACUUCAGAGACACCCAACUUCCCUAUCAGACCAUCCAGCCGCCCGACAUUCAGCCGUACGAGGCCUGUCACAGAUGAAUCUCCCUUUAACGUCCAGCCCGGCCUCGCGACGAGGUCCGCACCACUUGCGGUGAUCCACGGAAAUGAAUUCUGAUCGAUUCGACGGGUGCGACGAUAAGAGCCGCUCUCGCGUCGAAUCGAUCGGAACGGACGAUGCACCGAGACAGAUUUCACCGAGCCGGAGUAAUAAUGUUAUUGUUGUACACUUGACAGAUAUAUUUUGUCGACUGUUCCCAGAUUGCGUCGAUGCCCUUCCUUCGAUCGCGAGGUCAUCAAGGUAAAAUGAGAUCUUCGAUUCGGCCGCGCACGUAUGUUCUUGUCGCGUGCUAAGAUACACGUGCAUCGAUGGCAGACGGUUGAUUCGACGUCAAUUGACUUUGGCCGCAAAGCAACCCAGCUUUCUUUCUUUCGAAAUGAAGAGUUAGAGAAGAAUUAACUUAUUUUUAUUAAGGAGAACAAUUUAUUUAUCGUAAACCGAGUUGUUAUUGCAUUUUUAUUGCAUCAAAUAAUAUUUUAUUAACGUCAAGAUAAUUUAGUGGCUAAAAUCCUCAUAAUUAGGAUUGAACUAGGGCCAAGAUUAGUUGACGUUGUUCGAAAAAACCAGCUGACAAUUACUGGACGGUGCUGAAAGUCUGACUAUUGUUAAAUGCAAUUUAUGCGCGCGUGCAUACAAAUUUCAUUUUUCCCGAGGACUCGUAGCGCGCGCGCGCAUUUGUGAUAAGAAAAAGGCGGCAAUAUCGAUAACUACCCGUACGAAAAGAAGAAGGGUGCGGUGGUCGCGCGGGAAAGGAAGGAGAACGAAAGCGAUCAAUGUUUCCUACGUAGUUGCCAAACGCGAACGUCCGCGCCGUUACGCGCGCGCGACAACGUUAUAGCCGAUUUAUAUUUUAUUUUGAUAACGAGAUGUUUUAUAUAUUUUCGAACAAGUUCAAAUUACACGUGUUGAGAACCGGGGUAGAAAGAUAACGAGGCAGAGGGCCCGAAAAGGUUUCUAGCUGCGAGCCUGUGUGCACGGGAGUUCCUUUAAGAGCGUUCCAAUCCCACUUGACUUCCGAACUUCAGUGUCGCCGUUCUCGAAUUCGUACGUUUGCGAAAAUAAAAGUGGAAGUGGAAUAUACGAGGGCCGGCUUUGCGAUGAUUAGCAGAACUUUUAAUCGGCCAGUUAUCCGAAGAAUUGCGAGCAUUUCUUCCAUUUCCGCGUUUCUUAAAUUCACUCUUUCCAAUACUUAACGUGUACAGUGAUGGACAGAAUUUCUUUUAAUGAGUUUAGGAACCCGAGAAAUAGAUCGGAAAUGGUUCCGGAAUGGCCAUCGAGUAAGAUAUUCCUCGGAGAAGAAGAUUUUGAAACGUGAUCUUCAAUCAAAUGCAUGUUUCUAAUCUCAUAAAAAAGUGUCACAACUAUGCUCUACAUUUUUCUCUACUCUCUAAAAGUCAACCAGCGCAUUAUCGUUGAUAAUGAACGUGUGAUUCAGUGAGAAUAUUCGCUGUUUUCGGUGAUAAUCCACUGAUUGACUCUUAAAGAGUAGAAUCGAACCGCAAGCGACUCUCAGAGAAGCUCAAUCUCGUCAUGGUGUAACGAAUUUGCACCGCGAUUAUUCGUCUACUUCUAAUGUCCAUCUCUACCAUGAACUUUGACCUCGGUUUAACUUACUUUUUAUCUUUUUCUAGUUUCAGAAAUUGGGAAAAGAUGAAAGGCAAGUUUAACCGGGGUUAAAGCUAUCUGCAUUGGUAGAAAUGGGCAUAAAUCGGAGAUAUCAGUUUAAUUUAAUUAACGACAGUCUCCGGUCCUGUGCCAAUCGAAUAGUCGAUCUCUGUUAAAUGUCCCACGUGUAUUCGCUAAACGAUACUGCUGAGAUACCGCCGAGUAGGAAGCGGGUAGAGAAAUUCCCUUGACGAGGUUGAAUCUUGAGAGGUCGGGUCGGAAGCUUAGCUCCGAUUCGCACGUCGAGGAACAUUCGUGCACGCGGAUGUAGACGACACUGCAGUUCGCGAAGGACAGAGAGACUUGCGAGAGAACGGUCCGUUACGCCUGCAGUUGCGGUUUGCAGCUUCCACGUUCGGAAUAAAGUAAUAAGGUAAUAAGCGAGCGAGACUGAGAUACGCGCGCACGUAUGCGUGCGUGUGUGAUUUUCCCCUCUACUACGUUUCCGCUAACGUUAGACAGUUACUCUGUCAGUAACUUGAGCGCACAAACUGUUACAAACUAAUUGGGUCCUGGCCGCGCGCGGUAACUUCGCCCUGCUAUCAACCCGCAAAACUCGUCGCGCGUUCACGGAAGUUUCCAAAUAAUGUUAACCGGCCCGUUUACGCGCCGUUAGCAAAAAUUUUCCGCCAAGGCGUGUCUUCCUCCUCGCCAAUCACUGUGCCAAUUACGCGUGGCCGCGUUCUCCUCCUUUAUCUCUGUGCCUGCGAAGACGCAAGGGCACGUCUCUCCCUCGUAACUAAAUUGCCCGUUCGCUUUGCAGAAAGAAUAACUUUCGUGAGUUUUUCUACGUGUUGUACCUCGUUUUCGCGGCAAGAUUUUACUCUCUAAUAAUCAAUCGGUCAAUUAUCACCGAAGACAGUGAAUAGUCUGCGAUUUUCAGUGGUGCACUUAUAACUGCAAGUCAGUGACUGUUCACUGUUGUCAGUGAUAAUCCACUGAUUGACUUUCAGAGAGUACGUUUAUCGAACGAUCGUAAAUUUGUUACAUUAUUUUUUUCUUGGAUCACUAUCGCUGGCUUUUGCUUUAACACUGCAUUCCCUUUCAAUAUUUCAAGUUUCCUGUCGCUUUCUAUAUUCUUAUCUUUUACAAACCGCUAAUAUAUUUUACGUUGCCACUUUCUCCCAACGAUCAGUAUAAAUGUGAGAAGUUAAUUUUUACUUUAUUAUCAAAAAAUAUUCUUUCAAUUAUAAUUUCUCACUUCACUUUUUCCCGGUUUGCCUGCCUCUCGGCUUCAGUUUAACCGCGAGACGCCCGUCGGUUGUCAUAAAUUUUCGUGGAACUAACUCCUCACUCUCUGUCUUCAGAACUCCCGCUUACUCUCCCGGGAGUGAAAUAACCAAAUAAUCAAACUUCUCUGAAAGAACAAAAA